ACUUUUACGCAUACGAAAAGUUUUUUUAAAUUUAUAAAUCAAAAUGGUGUCCAGAAUUUUAUUUGUUGCUUUACAAGCAAUUGUAAUUCAGACCGCCUACUCACAAUGCGUAAACCGUGUUGUCAACAGUUGCGCGCCUAACGUGGUUGAAACUAUCGUUCCAAACCAAUACUUCAAUCCUCAAUUACCCUUACUGGCACCCCCUGCUCCAAUCCUGCCAGCCUGUGCGCCUCUGGCAGCCGCUGCUCCACUCAUGCCUGGCCUUAUCCCCGAAAUCGGCUACCCCACAGUUAUUCAAGACAGCAGCGUUGCCAAUAGCCUUGCUAAUGCCUUGCAGUUGCUUGUCGUGAGCAACUUAUUGAGCAGCACGUUGCCAGGACCUUGCGAUCUGCCAGGCUACCCGGUUGAGAGCUUGAUGCCAUUGCCAGCGUAUAAUUAUGUAUACUAGUUGUGUUGUUGUUAAUAAAUUGUUAUAGAGAUA